UACAUCCGUCUCUCAUUCUUUUCAAUCGUCCACAUUGUCAGUGGAAGGUUUAUCGGUGAUUUUUCUGCUAUUUUCUGCAAAUAGCCAGCCUUCUGUGCACUCAAAUUUGCACUAAAACACACCAACAAUGCCGCCUAAGUUUGAUCCCAAUGAAGUGAAGUUCGUGUAUCUCCGCUGUGUUGGAGGUGAAGUAGGUGCUACCUCAUCACUGGCCCCUAAAAUCGGUCCCCUUGGUCUGUCUCCUAAGAAGGUGGGAGAUGAUAUUGCUAAGGCGACAGCUGACUGGAAGGGACUGAAAAUCACGGUUCAACUGAGAAUCCAGAAUCGACAGGCCACAAUUGCCGUAGUUCCAUCUGCAGCUUCCCUCAUCAUUCGUGCUCUGAAGGAGCCCCCUAGGGACCGAAAGAAGGUCAAGAACAUUAAGCACAAUGGAAACAUUAGUUUCGACGAUAUCAUGUCCAUCGCCCGGACAAUGAGGGAACGUUCGAUGGCCCGUGAGCUUCAAGGAACAUGCAAAGAGAUCCUCGGAACUGCCCAGAGCGUGGGAUGCACCGUGGACGGACGUCAUCCUCACGAUAUAAUCAAUGACAUUAACAGUGGAGCCUUUGAAGUGCCCGCUGAGUAAGGAAAUGUCUGCAAAUAAAGAGGAUUUAAUAACAAACUCA